GACCAGAGCAUGCCAGGCACUGUACUAUAUGUAUUCUGGUUAUUACAGAGGUAUUUAAGCAUGAGCACAAUGAAUUGCAAAUGAGGGGAUCGAAUAUUGUUCUCUUUUUUGUUUCAUUCAUCCAUUGAUAUUGGAAAUUAUUAAUGAUCUUAUGUAUAUAUUAGCUGCUGAAAAUUAAACCACCUAACAGAUUAUUAGGAAUAAAACAGAGUUUUCCACACAAGUGUAUCUCUUGUUUAAGUGCAUAAUUCAGAAAUAUUCAUUUUAGUUUUAUUUAACCACAAGGUGGCAGAAUUGGCCAACAUUUUCAUGGACACUGAGAAUAUUGUAUUCUUGCAUUUGCUGAAACCUUGAAGAGGCAGUAUAACAAUGAUACGGGAGGUAGAUGGUAGUGUGACGAUAUGAGGCUCAGGAGAAUGAAACAAUAAAAAUUGCAGCACAAAGGUUAUUUAUCAAGCUGCAAAGAUGGUCAGGGGAUGAAAGAAGAUUUGGCCAGUGCUUUAACACUCUGGAAGAGGUGGAAACCAUGAACGAUAUCUUCAGAAAGAUGAAAGGUCUGUAUCUCUUGCUUUUUCUCUUUGUGUUGAAAACAGUCUGCAUUUCAUUUCACUAUUCUGUACCUGAAGAAAAGAAAAAUGGGUUUUUGGUGGCUAAUGUGUUGGAGGAUUUGAAACUUGGAAUAGGGGAGCUCUCUGCUCGCAGAGCCCAGCUAGUGUCCAAAAGCACAAAGCAAUAUUUCAACCUUGAUACUCACUCUGGGAAUUUGCUGUUAAAUGAUAAAAUAGACAGAGAAGCUUUAUGUGGCCAGACUGAUCCUUGCAUGCUGCUGUCUGAAAUAGUGCUUCAAAACCCCUUAAAUAUCUACAGUAUAGAAUUGAAGAUAGAAGAUGUGAAUGACAAUACUCCCAAAUUCUCUAAAGAUAAACUUGAUCUGGAAAUUCCAGAGAAUGUUCUGACAAACACACAAUUUCUCUUGGAAUCUGCCCAAGAUGAGGACUUAGGAGAAAACAGUAUCCAAAAAUACAUGCUCAGUCCCAAUGAGCAUUUCCGACUAUAUGUGGAAAGCAAUGAGGAUGGACAGAAAUAUGUGCAUCUUGUUCUGCAGAAGCCACUAGACAGAGAGAAUAACUCACACUUUGGAUUGACUCUCAUUGCUGUGGAUGGAGGUGUGCCUCAGAGAACAGGCACAGUUCAAAUAAAUAUUAAUGUUUUGGAUAUCAAUGACAAUUCUCCUCAGUUUACUCAACCUGAAUAUAAAGUAAGGUUAAAGGAAAACAGCCCUCAGGGCACUCUGGUCUUCAAAGUAGAAGCCACAGAUUUGGAUUUUGGUUCAAACGCACAGAUCACCUACUCAUUCCACCGGGUGUCUGAAAAAAUAUACAAAUUGUUUUCCCUAAAUGAAAUCAAUGGGGAAAUGACUCUUUCUGGUCAGCUUGAUUAUGAAAAAGAAACCAGCUACAGCAUGAACAUCAGAGCAACAGAUGGAGGGGGUCUUUGGGGGCAUUGCAAGGUCCUGGUAGAGAUUGAAGAUGUGAAUGACAAUGUCCCUGAAGUGUCCAUCAUAUCCAUCACUAGUCCUUUGGCAGAAGAUUCUCCCCUGGAGACACUUGUUGCCCUCUUCACCGUCACAGACCGAGAUUCUGGAGACAAUGGUAGAACUGUGUGCUCUGUGGAGACAAACCUUCCCUUUAUGUUAAAGCCCACUAUGAAUAACUAUUACCAGCUUGUGGUCCAAAGUCCCUUGGACAGAGAGAAGGUCUCAGAGUAUAAUGUCACCAUCACAGGUGUUGACCAGGGCUCCCCCAGGCUCACUUCAACAAGAAUGAUUAAUGUUCAGAUCUCAGAUGUCAAUGACAACCCUCCAGUAUUUGAAAAGUCUUCAUGGGAAAUGCAGAUACGGGAAAACAAUAUUCCAGGAUUGCUCAUUGGCUCAGUCCAUGCUGCUGAUCUGGACACUGAGAAGAAUGCCAAGAUCACCUACUCCCUUUUGCCCGGGAAGGUCACUGAUGGCCUUGUGGCCUCUUACAUCUCAGUCAACUCUGAAAGUGGAAAUCUGUAUGCCCUCCGAUCUCUGGAUUAUGAGCAGAUCAAAGAUUUCAAAGUGACAGUGAGGGCUACAGAUGGAGGGUCUCCUCCCCUCAGCUCAGAAGUUACUGUCCGAGUCAUCAUCAUAGAUGAAAACGACAACGCUCCCUUCUUCCUCUACCCUCUUCAGAACAGCACAUCCCCCUGCAAUGAGCUGGUCCCCAAGUCGGUGGAGUCUGGCUACCUGGUCACCAAGGUGGUGGCUGUGGAUGGAGAUUCUGGCCAGAACUCGUGGCUUUCCUAUGAGCUGCUGAAGGCCACAGACCCUGGUCUUUUCAGCAUAGGAGCCCAGAAUGGGGAAGUGAGAACCAGGAGAGCCCUGACCGAGCGAGACACCAGCAGGCAGAGACUCAUGAUAGUGGUGAGGGACAACGGGCUCCCUCCCCAGAGCAGCACUGCAAUGCUCCAUGUCCUUCCCGUGGGUGGCUUUUCAGAUCCUUAUAUGAAGGCUGUGGAGAUUAGUAAAGACCAACAUGAAGAAGAUGGGAGCUUGACCUUGUAUUUGGUGAUCUGCCUGGCUGCAGUCUCCUUUGUGUUCCUCGUUUGCAUUGUUUCCUUUGCUGCCAUCAAGAUCUGCAGGAGGGAUCCCAGGGAAAGUUUGAUCGCUGCCCCUCCUCACUUCCCACCUGCCAGACCCGACAUCCCAGAGAACUGUGGGGAUUCUCAGAGCGGGUCGCUUUCCAGGAGUUACCACUACGAUGUUUGCUUAACCGGUGGGUCCUUAAGCAGCGAGUUCAGGUUCCUCAGGCCCCUCAUUCCUGUUUUUUCUGUGGGAGACCCAAACCUCAAUGUGAACCAGACCCCUCCUUCUGCUUCCCAAGAUACUCCUGAUGCAUUGGAGAGCAGAAAGCCAAUGAAACAGGUGAGUUAAUUUUAAAUAACCUUUUGCUGAAAUUACACACUGACACACACUGACACACACACACACACACACACACACUGUCUGCUAUGUUAUUCUGUGAAACACUUCAAAAACCUGGCUGUACUAUUUGGUAAAGUGAGACGACUAUAUGCGAGAGCUGGUUUUGGCUGAGUGGGGCUUUCAUUGGAGUUACUCUCACACAUCCAGUGUGGAUCAGUGACGGUUCUCUGUCUACAGCUGAUCCACUGACACAGGUCUUAACCGUCCCAUUGCACCUCUUUCAGGAUCCUGCCCUUUCCUUUCAGGCAUCCUUGUGCCCUUAUUAGGAGGGUUGCACUCAGAGACCUUGUUUCAAAUCCCUGUUGAGUCAUAAACUCUCUUGGUGGUCUCUGAAAUCUAUUGUAUCUCAGUCUUAGUCUAUCAAGGCAUUGAAAACUUGGAGAGUGACUUCUAAUCAGACAUUACUAGUGUAGAUAAACCAAUGGUAGGAUUUUGUUUUAUGACCUUUCGGGAGGGAAAUAGGAAUAAAAAUGUAACAACCUGCAAGGGUGAUGGUGGAGGAUAAGAACCUCCACCAUAAGCACGAAAGUAUAAAUGUACGGAAACCGGUCAAAUAUUGAGUAAUUCCCAAAUCCCCGCUGGCAACGCCUUCAGGUCCGGCAACAUUUUAAAGUAACCCAAUGUAGAGAUAAUGGGGUGACUUGACUCCAGCACAACUAUUGCUUCCCUGCCCUCCAGAUAUCCCUUCCCUGAAUGCUUUACAUUAUGCAGGUGUUUUACAGGAGGCCACCUUCCUUUAUCCUUCAGUGCCCCUUCUCACAUCCCCUCUCUGGCUCACCUCUCCCACUGUCUCUGUCUGUUCUUGGUCCAGGUUUCUCUUCUCUUCCCCAACUGCACAUGUCUUCCUUUUCAGUUUAUACUCACCCAGAUUCCUUAAAAGUGCAGGAUGAAAUGGAGGCCACAUCCGCACCAUAUAUUUAUAGCACAUCUAAAGCUUUAUGAGAGAUAAACUGUAGUUCCUAUUAUUAUUUGUAGGAAGCCUUGUGCUUUAAAUGUAUGGUUAGGAUGAGUUCAGAGUUUUAGUUGAGGUUUUGAGUUAAGAUUGAAAGUACUGAUUCAAAUAAUUAAACAGGGUGAUAUGUUUGCAUGUGUUUAAAUUGCUUGUCUCUAUUACUAAUCAUGUGUUUUAUCCCCCAAAUCUGAUAUGGUAUAUGCAGAAAAGGUGUAACUGUAAGCAAGACGACAGUUUGUUGUAUCUAACACGCUCAGUGAUCUUCAUCACAUCUGAGAACAAGAGCUUAAUGUGUAAAUGUGGAAUAUUUUAAACAUAUGGAACAAGUUGUUGGCUGAAUAGCUUUCAUGUUUAAACAAACGCUGAAAAUAUAUGAAUUCUAAUAUAGCAAAUGCAGGAAUCAUACAGGAAAAAUAUACCACCCGAUAUUGAUCUGUUUGACAACUUUUCCAGAACUUUGUUGAAACAUAUUUAAUUAACUAAUCUGUCUCACAGUUGGUCGUUCUUGCUCUAGCUAACAGUAUAUUUCUUCACUCAAAAGCCAACCCCUCACACCAUGUCAUCGGCGCAUGACAUGUUACAGUGGUACCUCGGUUUAUGAACACAAUUGGUUCCGGAAGUCUGUUCAUAAACUGAAGUGUUCAUAAACUGAAGCGAACUUUCCCAUUGAAAGUAAUGGAAAGUGGAUUAAUCCGUUCCAGACGGGUCCGCGGAGUACUCAACCUGAAGCGUACUUAACCCGAAGCAUGGGUGUAAUUGGUUCCAGAAGUCUGUUCAUAAACUGAAGCGUUCAUAAACUGAAGCGAACUUUCCCAUUGAAAGUAAUGGAAAGUGAAUUAAUCCGUUCCAGAUGGGUCCGCGACGUUCAUAAACCAAAAAUUCGUAAACCGAGGUGUUCGUAAACCGAGGUUCCACUGUAUUUGUAAGCAGCUGCGGGUCACAGUUGCAACCUGUAAGUUCAUUCAUGUUCACAAAAGCUUAGAAACGGUAUCUUGCAAGCCAUGUAAAGAUGAUGUAGCGUCUCACAUUUAGUCCUUCUUGCAACUUAGCCUGUGUGUACCAAUACUUAGCAUUUGUCUUUCAGCCCCAAUACUCUCCUUCAGCAGCUAUGGAGCAGUACUAAACUGACAGCAAUAUGGGGGCUGUGGGCACUCAGGUGCUGCCACUCACUUGACUCACUUGCUUUCUUUGCAUUCCUUUAUUUCGGUUUGGGAGAACGGUGAUCAAGGCUGACAGAUGAUGCAGGAUGUGGAGAGGGAGUUGAGACAGAGGCAGGCAGGAACUGGGGCAGCCAGGUUCUUAGGGCCUUUUCGGGGGAAGAAGUCUACUGUCAGGGUUAGGUAUAAAUAAUGGCAACCGCAGCACAGGCGCUGGGAGCUGCAAAUAUAUGGGGCAGCAUUACAAAAUGUUAGAUGCUUUAUUCAGCUCCAAAGUCUGCAAGGCAACUGAAAGUGCAGAUACAUAGUUAUGGGAAGUGAGUAUUGCAGAGUUAUACAGUACAUCAGCCCAAGAAUAAGGAAAGAGGACUCAAGAUUUUGGGGUUAAAUAAGGGCUGGAGAUGUAUCAUUUUGUAAGACUGCAGUGAGAUACAUUUUUUUUUUCAUGGUAGUUGCCCAGGGCAGGUAUUUUUUUUUAACACCACUUGGGUGAGAUGGUGGAGACACUAGUCAGGGAGACCCCAUCCUGCUCCUCACUGCCCACAGAUCCAAAGACUUGCCAAGGCAGGCCAGAUCAGAGUCACACCUUCUCUGAGCUCAACUAGUUUUGUGUAACUGAGCAGAGGAUUCUGACUUUUCAAGUCCAGGACCCCUGAAAGGCUUGUCAGAAGAAGCCACCUUUACUCAUCUAAAUAACCGAAGUGGUGACUCAGGGUGUUCACCAAGUUACAUCUCUUUACUUCCUCUCCCAUCAUUAUUAGCAAGCCACUGCCUUUUUAGUUAGAUAGCCAAAAUUAAUUGACACCAGUCCCAUUCAUCAAGGGCCUCACACCAUUGCAAUGCAGGGUAGGUGUGGUGGGAAAUAAAAAGCCUUUUCUCCAGAGCCAAUUGGUAUUAAAGUGUGUGUGUGUGUGUGUGUGUGUGUGUGUGUGUGUGUGUGU